GUGCCGCCGUUCGCUGUUCUCUGACCGUCUCUUCGGCGGCACACUCGAGGUCAGUCCCUCUGUUCUGCUCAUUCCAUGUAUGUCGAGUCUUCCACUCUUCGUUCGUCCGAAGCCGAGCACGGGCUCGUGCUCGGCAGUCAGGGUUCCGUACCCCAGGGCGACCAAGCGGAGCAGCCAGGUUCCCCAUCCAUUGAGGAAAUCGCGGCCGUAGAGGUGCCCGGGGAAACUGAGCCCCGCCUUCAGAAGCGCACAUUGCUCGUGGACUCGCUCAUCCGCGAGUGCAAGUGCGACUUGUCGAGUGACGAGUUCCUCAAAGCGGUGCGCUACGCCGGCCCCCUCGUGACCCUUCGUCGCCCUACCCCGGAGGAGUCGGUCUUCGACGCUCCUCCGGGCUACUUUGCCAUCCAUCUCAAGUCCCUUGAGAGCGGCUUCCGCUUCCCCCUCGAGUCUUUGGUCAUCGACUUCUUCAAGUACUUUGACUUCCUCCCGUGCCAACUGGUGCCGAACUCGCACCGGUACUUAGCGGGGUUCUUGAUCCGCUGCCGGGAGGUGGGCGUGCGGGCCGACCUUGAGCGCCUAUUGACCCUGUUCCGAGUGGCGAAGUCUUCCGGGUCGGAUGGGGAAGAGGAGCCGGCUGUCGGGGUUCGUGGAGUGGAUGGUGGGGCGGCCCGAGGCAUGACGUAUGAGCUCGGUGAUGCCAAGCUCGUUGAGGAUAAGGCCCUCGUUGUUGAGAACCCAGCCCUCUCCGCCAUAGUGGGAGACGUCGUCGCCUGGGUAGGGGAGGCCGGCGAUCCGCCCAAGCUGCUCAACGGUGAGCUCAAUCGGCGUGCUCUUGACAAGAGAGUAGAGCACGUCGUUCUCACGCUGGAGGUUGGAGUAGAAGUCCCGAGUCCUUGCCGGGUUGACCUCCUUCCGAGCCCGGGAGACGAAUGACCAUAUGCCGGUUUGAUGAAGCUACGCGUCAAGGUCGUCAUAGCCUUGCAGCUCCGGUAGGUGCUCCAGUACAAUCCGCGGGGGAGCCACAACCCGCUUGGAGAAGAAAAAGUGAGAAAGCGGGUGCGCUCCUCCUCGGAAUCGAACCAGAGGUAUGACCCCUCGCCAUAGUAGAGGCGUUCCUCGGAGGAUGUCACUGGAGCCCGGGAUUUGGCCUUAGA